AUGGGUGUACCGGGCAGAUUUUUGACGAGUGAUAAGGGAACUUUUGGAGAGCACACGGCGCAUGAUCGGUGGCCUAUUAUUGUGCAGAACGCGGUGGAUGACCUGGGAGCGACGCUGGAGAGUAUCGAAGGAGACAGAGAGCGUUUGGAGCAGGGAAGAAAGAUACAGGAUCAGUUGAGACAGUUGAGGGAAGAUAUCUUGGCAGACGGGAAGUUGGAAAGAUUCAGUCAAGAAGAGAUGGAGGUUGCGAAUGUUCCAUUGUCGUUUAACGAGGAGUUGUCUCGCGUUGGGGAAGUCAGUUGGUUCGAUGCGGAAUGGCUGUUUGCCGAGAUCUAUCUGUACAGGAGAAUGAACGUUCUAUUUGCGCAGCAGUCGCUGUGGAGGGGGUUUGACAUUUUUGACAGGGUGAAGCAGUCGACGUUCCGCUCGUCGUUGCACGGAGUGGUGGAGUUGGCCCUGAGGUACAGAAGUCUUUGCGAGCAGUUGGAGGCAAUCGGCGAGGAUGAGGAGGCGCUUAAGCUGCUCUUCAAGGAGUUCAUCGACAUCUCGCUGUGGGGAAAUGCCACUGAUCUGUCGCUGUUGACAGAUGCGACGAUUGAAGAUAUAAAGUCGAUACAGGGUGCCAAGGUUAGGCAGGAAUCCGAGGCCAAGAUCCUGGUCAAUGACACCGAGAGGGCGUGGGAAGCGAUCAGGCACGCCAGCGGCGAUAGCAAGAGAGUGGACUUUGUGCUGGAUAACUCUGGGUUUGAGUUGUAUGCUGAUCUGAUGCUGGCCGCAUUUUUGCUGAAAAGCAAGCUGGUCACAAAGUGUGUGUUCCACGCCAAGGAUAUUCCUUACAUGGUCAGCGAUGUCGUGCUGGAAGAUUUUGAUAUCCUUUUGAAAGAUCUGAAGGAUAGAGACUUUUUCGCGGUGACCGAUGCAAGCUCAAAGGAAGCGUUGGACUUCUUUGCAGAUACGAUAACUGAUUACGUUUCGCAAGGCAGAGUCGAGAUUCGUGAAGAUAUGUUCUGGACGACUCAUCUGGAUUACUGGAAUAUUGAUCCCACGGAAACGAAAUACCAUGGAGCUGAAAUUUAUAGAGAUUUUGUUGAGUCUACCUUGGUCAUCUUUAAGGGAGAUCUGAACUACAGGAAGCUGACUGGUGACCGGAAAUGGGCUCGUACUACGCCAUGGUUGGAAGCUAUUGGGCCAUUGGCUCACAGCGGGAUCACUUCGUUGAGCUUAAGGACCUGCAAGGCUGAUGUUCAAGUCGCGCUUCCUGAAGGUGUGGACGAAGAGCUUUCGAAAUUGUGGGAAAAGGACCAUCCGGGCCGCGGCUCCUGGUGGUCUAGCAGUGGCAAAUGGGCCGUCAUCUGUUUUGCCUCAGGUAAUUGA